AGAUAUAAUCCGUCCAUAUGCAUUUUUUACUAUAACAACCCAGAAAAAAUAUUAAAAUCACAAUUAAGUAUAAAUAUAUACUUUUUNAUAUAUACCUCGUUUCACUCUUGGCUAAAUGAGAGUGACAUAAAUAUGAUAAACGAUCCACAAAAUCAUUGCGGAACUCUCCUCUCAGAUUGCAUAAAAACCAAGAAUCUGAAGCUGGGAAGAGCUCUUCACGCCCACCUAAUAAAAACAGCUCAAAUUCUCGACACUUGCUUCACAAACCGUCUCAUACAGAUUUACUCAAGAUGCAGCUCAUUAGCUUUUGCCAGAAAAGCCUUUGAUGGUCUCUCUUUCAAGAACACACAUUCCUGGAACACCAUGAUCUCCGCCUACUCUGAAGCGGGCUGGUUCGAAACUGCCCGCCAGCUGCUCGACAAAAUGCCCGAACCAAAUCUUGUCACCUACAACUCCAUCAUCUCUAACUUGAGUGGCAAUGGGUUUAGCCGAGAAGCCGUAAACUUGUUCAGUGGAGUACAGAGAAAUAAUCGGAGUGUUGUUUUCAUGGAUGAGUUUACCGUGGUCGGCUUAGCCCACGCCAGUGCUAGCCUGGCUGCACUGGAGAUACUUCGCCAGGUGCAAGCUUUGGCUUUCGUGAUGGGUUUGGAUUUUAAUCGUGUGGUCUGUAAUGCUCUGAUCGACUCUUAUGGAAAAUGCGGUGUUCCGGAAAAUUCUCACUGGAUAUUUAGUAGAAUGGAAGAACGAGACGUGGUUUCGUGGACUUCCAUGGUAGUUGCUUACGCGAGGUCGUGCAGGCUUGAUGAUUCUUGCCGGAUUUUCGACCAAGAACUCUGUUUCUUGGACGGCUCUGUUAACGGGCCUGGCCCAAAAUGGGGAAGGAGAAAUGGCUCUGUCCUACUUUAGAAAAAUGAUGCACGAAAAAUCCGUGGCCGCUAAUGAUGUUACGUACGUUAGCGCUUUAAGUGCAACUAGGGGCUGUCAGAAAUUUGGGGGUUAUUCUUGUGGAUGGAUUGACCGUCGGCGACGCUGGGGAUGGAUUUUUCGAUUAUGCACGACACUGACAGAGGAAAGCAUCCCUGAGGAGCUGCAGUCAACACAUAUGGCUUCCAAACAGAUCACAGAAGAAGCUGUAUACUUGUGCACAGGAAAUCCUUUGCCUGAGCAGAUUUGCCGUUGGCUCUUAAACGAACAUUUUGGCCAUAGCUGCAAAAGAAUCUUCGAAAUCAAGACUAUCUUUAUAGAAUUCUUACAAGCUUGUUACUAGGUUCAAAAAUUUGCACAAGGUUGAAAUGGAUGCUUUUACAAAACAAGUGAUUGUCAUAAUUUGGUUUAUGCAUUCUCUAUUCAUUACUCAAAAUAUCAAUGUUCACUAAUAUAUUUGAUUAUUGCUCUUAC